GAAAUUGCUCAAUUCAUUAAGUUGAAAUUGUUUCUCAAGGCUAGCCGCCAGGCAAUUUGCUUUUUCUUUAUCAGUUAUUGCAAUACUAGCAGGGCCUUUAAGGGCCGGAAUUUUUUGUUUUUUACUUUUAAAAGUUUUGACAAGUUUCCAGAUUGAUCCGUCUUCUGUGUUAACACUAAUUAAUUUGUGUAUAAAUUCAUUGUUUUGACUUCUCUGCAGCUUCAGAGUGCCUAUCUUUUAUAGUUCCGGGAGGCGGGACUAGAAUCUCCCAGACCAAUCAGGACGUCUCUGGGUGUAUCUCGGUUCCUACUGGAUGGAUCAUGAAACUUCUCGAACUUUCCAGUAUGAUCCAUUUUGUCGCCAAAUUCGUCGCCAAGCUCAGCACGCACAAGAUAGAUCUUACAAAGGUUUUACGGUUUUUCCCAGGAUGACUAUUCGUGCCGGGUAUCAAAAAUUACGGUUGAAAGAAUUCUAACCAGUCUUCAGAUUGAACUGGUUCGCAUGUUGAGAGAGAAAGAUAGUCAGAUGAGAGUUGCAGCAACCCUGGUCACCGAUUGUCCGAAGAUGAGGAAGUGCAGCGAAAAUGAGUGAUGGGGAAGUGGACAUACGCUUGCUCGCACUCCGACGACAGCAGAGGAGAAACAGAGGAAAGUCCAGCACACUCGAGUCUCUGGACAAAAACAACUCGGACAUCGAAAGACUUAGUUCAGGACAUUCGGCAUACGAGACAACGCCAGUCAAGACUUACACUGUAACCGAAUCCCCCGUCAGAAACGGGGGUACUCCACGUCGGAACUCCUAUCUUGGGAAUUUAUCUGCUUCGCUUUUCGACGAAGAUUCUCGUCUAGGAAGAAUGCACAUGCCUCCUGUAAUAAGAUGUGAGUGCAAUGGAGUCGAAGGGUAUGCUUUGAUAAGCACAUCAGAGACUGUGUCAACAAUAACAAUGGAUUUUGCACGGAAGCUAAGAGUGCUGGAUCAGAUCAUUCCAGACAUGUCUCAAGUUUUCAAUCCUUUGGCAGUUAACCAACCAGAAAUGAAAGGCAAAGUCAAGUAUAUAGAUCUAACCAUAGGAUCGUGGCAGCAAGUGGCCCAGUUUAACAUUGUGGAAAAUAAUAUGGCAGAUAUCACUCUUGGAAUAGAUUUCCUUCGCAAAACGCAGAGCGUGGUGAAUUUUGGAGACUCUGUUCUUCUCGUCGGUGGACCCAAAGGAGAGAGAAUUCCUUUCUUGACUUCGAGGGAAGUGAUGAGUCUGGCCAAGAGAAACAGCAACAAGCCUGCGUUCAUCAUCGGAAACGGAUUUCUCGAAUAAAACCGAAUGCCAACGAGAGAAUACGAUGUUCCUCAAUGAACUAAAGAGUUUGAGGAAAACAGUUUGUCGAGUUGGUCUGACAGAGAGAAACAUGUGCCUUCAGAAAGAAUAUAACUUAAUGUGGAUUUUUCAUCAAUAGGGACUACAAACAGUUUGUACUAUUUCAAAUUACCCUUGUUAUCAUUGAAACAAAGACAACUGAUCGUGAGAGAAGACGUGCUUUGAAAUUAUCCGGCUUCAAGGAAUCGUCUUACCUUGAGAUGAGAGAAUUUUGUUUUGACAUAAAAUAUAUAUAAUACCCAAC